AGUCGUGCGGCGCUCGCGCUCCCAACGCGACCUAACCAUUACCACCUACCAUGGCGCGACCCCAAUCAAACAUGGGGUCAAAGCGCUUAAUACUAUUUCUUCUACUUAAUUUCCUUACUUCUGCUGUAUCCUUCAAUUGCCCGCCGAAAUGCAACUGCACUCAUAUUAAUGUCCGGUGUAUCCAGCAAGGCCUGGUCUCCGUGCCCAUCUUGAAUACAGAUAUCCAUACGCUGGACGUACGGUUCAACAAGAUCGUGGUGAUCAAACCUCUAACAUUCGUUAAUCUGCGGAUGCUGCGCUCGUUACUUCUCAACGACAACCAGAUUAGGGAGCUUAUUUCUGGCACAUUCGCUGGACUCAGACGACUCAAGUUUUUGUACUUGUACCGAAACCGAAUCAACCAUGUCGACGAAGAUGUAUUUAAUGCGCUACCACACUUAGAGCAACUGUAUCUGCAAGUCAAUGAAAUCCAUCAAAUAGACCCACAAACAUUUACGAAUAUGCCACGAUUGCAACGCCUAUACCUUCACAACAACAAAUUGAAUAAAAUACCACCAGGAUCAUUUCGUGGCCUGACUAAAUUGCAUAAAUUGCGAUUAGAUAGCAACGCUCUCAUUUGCGACUGUUCAAUGAAAUGGUUCGUGAAAAUGAUUAAUGAACAUGACGAUAUGGAAAUACUUGCCACUUGUUAUAGUCCUGCCGACACUACUGGCUCAUCAUUAUCGUCAAUGAAACCCGAUGACUUCCAUUGCUAUAAACCCGAGAUACUGUUGGAACCAACCGAUGCAGUUGUUUAUUUCGGAGAUAACGUUGGUUUCACUUGCGUUGCUACUGGGGAUCCGGAACCAGAAAUAGUCUGGUACCGUGAUUCGGAAGAAUUGGAAAUAUCAGAGACCUCACGCUAUGAACUCAUGUACAACGGCACACUCAUGAUACACGAUGUAGAUGAAAGUUCAGAGGGUGUUUUCGAAUGCAUGGCAAAAAAUUCAAUGGGUGAAGCUAAAUCGAAACCAGCCCGAAUGGUAGUCCAAAAUAGAAAUACUGACACUAAGCUACAAUUCACAGCGUUACCAGCAAACAGGACCAUCAAAUUACCAGAACCCUUUGUCAGUUUUGAUUGUGAUGCUGUUGGGAAACCGAAUCCCCAUAUUACAUGGUUCUUAAACGACAAGAAAAUUGUGCUGACUGAUAAAAUAUCUAUUAAAAAGAAUGGAACAAUAGUAAUACAUAAUGUUGAGUUGAAUGACAGAGGCAAUUAUACGUGUUUGGCUGAAAACAUACAUGGAAAGAUAACGGCGUCAGCUGAUCUGCAGAUAUUCAUGGCUCCAGCUUUUGUGAUUGUUCCAAAAGACAUAAUUACUUUCUAUGGUGACAAAGUGACGUUCACAUGUAAAGUUCAAGGUGUGCCGACACCUAGGAUUUCCUGGUACAAGGAUAAUUUUGAUUUAACAAUUAGCGAAAAUGUUUUUCUGGAUAAUAACAAUGAAACUUUGAAAAUAUUAGAGGUAUCAGAGGACGACGAAGGCACAUAUAGCUGCGAAGCUGAAAAUAUAGAAGGCAUUAUCAAAAUAUCUGCAAUACUUAGCAUUAGAGAAUUUAAGGUGAUUACACCGCGCAUUGUUUUGAAACCAGAAGAUAUGGAUGCUUAUAAAGGAACAUCUAUCCAAAUGCCAUGUGAAGUAGAAAGUGAGCCCCCAGCUGUAGUUGAAUGGAGCAAAGAUGGCUCGCGCAUAGGAGAAAAUGACAGAAUGACGAUCUCUUUGAUCGGAAGUUUAAUAAUUAAUAAUCUCACAGUUACGGAUACUGGCCGCUACGAAUGUACCGUUUUCAACAAUUAUGGUAGAGACACUGCUUCCAUAUUCCUAACAGUGAAAAAUCACGAUCUACCGAGUGAUGAAUAUGUAAAUAUUGCUAUAGUACAAGCUACAAGAGAUGUAGAUCAGGCAAUUGCUCGAACUGUCGAUAAUUUAUUCAGUAAAGAUAGAGGUAAAGGUACGAGAGUGGAUAUAAAUGACCUUUAUAGAAUAACAAGAUUUCCAAAUGCACCCGAAAGAGAAUUAGCUCGCGCAGCUGAAAUAUAUGAAAGGACACUUGACAAGGUAAAAGAAUACACUCAAAACGGUCUUUCAGUUACGUCUGCUGAACCUUUUAAUUACGAAGUUGUGUUAUCUGCCCAACAUUUAGAAAUAAUUGGAAGGCUGUCGGGUUGUGUAGCCCAUAGAGAAAAGAAAGACUGUUCUGAUAUGUGCUUCCAUACCAAAUAUCGUAGCAUUGAUGGUAGCUGUAAUAAUUUUGUACAUCCUACAUGGGGUGCGUCAUUGACCGGUUUUAGAAGAAUCCUUUUCGCAAUUUACGAAAAUGGUUUUAGUCAGCCGUUAGGAUGGAAUAGAGAUAGAAAAUAUAAUGGAUUUACACUUCCACCGGCUCGAUUAAUAUCUACAGAAAUAAUUACUACCACAGAAAUAUCACAAGAUGAAAAAUUGACUCAUAUGGUAAUGCAGUGGGGCCAAUGGCUUGAUCACGAUCUAGAUCAUGCUCUGCCAUCAGUGAGUUCUCAAACAUGGGAUGGUGUUGAUUGUAAGAAAACGUGUGACUACGCUGCUCCAUGUUUUCCUAUUGAUGUGCCUGCGGAUGAUCCUCGUGUGACUAACCGUCGUUGCAUUGAUUUUAUCAGAACUAGUGCAGUUUGUGGAUCUGGUAUGACUUCAGUACUAUUUGGAAAGCUUCAGCCUAGGGAACAAAUUAAUCAACUUACUUCAUACAUAGACGCAUCACAAGUUUAUGGUUUUGAUCAACAAGUUGCUGAUGAUUUACGUGACUACACGAGCGAUAGCGGUUUACUUCGUGUGGGCGCAACGUUUCCAGGGAAAAAACCUCUUUUACCAACAACUGGCGUCAAUGCUAUGGACUGUAGACGGAAUCUUGCAGAAAGUACACGUAGCUGCUUUGUAGCUGGUGACAUUAGAGCUAACGAACAAAUAGGUUUAGCAGCAAUGCAUACUAUUUGGAUGAGAGAACAUAACCGUAUUGCAAUUCAACUUAAAUCUUUGAAUCCUCAAUGGGAUGGCAACAAAGUUUACCAGGAAGCUAGAAAAGUUGUUGGAGCUGAAAUACAAUUAAUUACUUAUGAGCAUUGGUUGCCACUUAUUCUUGGACAGGAAGGUUUUAAGCAAUUGGGAACCUACAGUGGUUAUAAAUCAGAUAUAAAUCCAUCUAUUUCCAACGUCUUUGCUACAGCUGCUCUAAGAUUUGGACACUCUAUGAUAAAUCCUAUUCUACACCGUUAUGACGAAAAUUUUGAAACGAUCCCACAAGGCCAUUUAAUGUUGCGUGAUGCAUUCUUUUCUCCGUGGCGACUAGUGGAUGAAGGAGGUGUCGAUCCACUAAUUAGAGGAAUGUUUACAACCCCUGCAAAAUUAAAAACACCAACACAAAACCUUAACUCUGAACUUACCGAAAAACUCUUCUACAGUUCUCAUGCAGUUGCAUUAGAUUUGGCCGCUAUUAAUAUACAAAGGGGUCGUGACCAUGGUAUUCCACCCUACACAAAAUUCAGGCAAUUCUGUAAUAUGUCUGAAGUAGAAAGUUUUGAGGAUUUAGCAAAUGAAAUUCCGGAUAAAACGGUUCGAGGAAAACUUAAGCGUCUUUAUGGAUCUGUACACAAUAUUGAUGUUUGGGUUGGUGGGAUAUUAGAAACUCAGGUUGAUGGUGGUAAAGUAGGACCUUUGUUUAAAUGUCUACUUUUGGAACAAUUCCAGCGUCUUCGAGAUGGCGACAGAUUCUGGUACGAAAAUCCAACAAUGUUCAAGCAAGAGCAAUUGAACGAAAUCAAAAAAACAAAUUUAGCCCGUAUAUUAUGUGACAAUGGAGACUCGAUCGAUACAAUUGGCGAAAAUGUGUUUUUGCUCCCGGAAAAUCAGGAUGGGCUCAUUUCCUGUGAUGAUUUACCAUCUAUUGAUUUUAGAUAUUGGGUAGAAUGCGAAAGUUGCUCUAAUGAUGACAAUCAAUUGAAGCGACGACGACGACGAAACAGGAGCGUUGAUAUGGAAACAAUUGAACUUCGAGUUACUGAUUCUAACGACGAACGAUUUGGUAAAUUAGAGAACUCGCAGAAAGGUUUUACUGAUACAUUAGAAACGCUUAAAAAACGCGUCGAGAUGCUCGAGAAAAAUUGCAAUCGGUAUUAGAGCGAGCAAGUAACAGUAAAUUUUAAUAUUAGGUAAAUGUCAUUUUGAAGUAGGCUUAACUAGCAUCCCAUUAUCCAACAAAAUUACUAUAUAUAAUUGUCUAAUGUAAUCAAUGUUUCAUUACAACCUAAAUGGUACUUACAAUUUAUUAAGUUAGUUAUAUUAUAUUACUUAGUGUUAAGAAACAAAUAAACCGCCACGCUCCUGUCUUCAGCAUAUUAACGUAUGCCCUAUCUUACGUCUUCUGUUUCAGGGUAACAGAUAUUUAUUAAUUCAUAUUAGAAAUGUUUAAGAUAAUAAUCUAGUCUUAAAAGGUUUUAGAAUUAAUUAAAGCCAUAUAAUAUACCUAUAAUAUAUCGAACUAUGAAUGUUGUGAAACGCCUCUAACUUUACAAUACUUCUGUCUGUCAAUUAUUAUUCUUCGGAGAUUUCUAUCCUCUAAUUUUUCGAGAAAUAUAUGUGUACCAGUGUUGUUCGUUGUU